UGUGGUGAACCUAAAAGCCAAGUUGAAGCCUUGAAUUGAAGCUUGACAUCAGUGGGUGGGAGACGAAGUGGAAAGAAUUCUCAUAACAGUUUUGGAGUCUUAUGGUCUCCUCCAUUAUUAGCCCAAAUCACUACUCAGAAGUAUGUCCUAUAUAAGAGCAACCUUUCCAAUUGUUCAAGCACAAAUCAUACCAAUCUCUAAAAUCCUUUUCUCCUCAAUCACUUGGAAUUAAGAUUCCAUGGAUCUCAACAAUUUGGUUACCUUGUCACUCCUGAUAUCAUGCUUCAUUGGUGCAAUUGGUACGGUGGAUGGACGAGAACUGCCACCACUUAAGCCCGGACAAGACCUCGCAGUUCGGCUAGAAGGCGACGGCGGUGACGGAGGGGGUGGCAUGGUGGAAUGCUGGAAUGCACUGCUAGAGCUACGAUCAUGCACUAACGAGAUCAUAGUCUUCUUCCUCGAGGGUGAAGCUUAUCUUGGCCUCGACUGCUGCCGAGCCAUUCGUGUCAUUACUCGUCAGUGUUGGCCAUCUAUGCUUACCAAUCUGGGUUUCACUGCCGAGGAGGGUGACAUUCUCAAAGGCUACUGUGAUUCGUCGUCUCCCUCUCCUACCCAAUCCCCUGCUCAAUCUCCCCUGUUUUCUGUUCCACCUCCUGCUGGUCUUAUUGCUGUUGUUGGUUAA